UAAUUAAUUUUGUAUAUCGAUAAUACCGAUUGGGAUACUGACGUACCGAUUGGGAUACCGAAAUAUUUAGGGACUGGGAUUGGGAUACCAAAAUUAUUUAGGGAUUGGGAUUGGAAUUGAUUUUAGGAUGUAAUUCGGUAUUCGGGAUUUCGGUAUUUGGUAUUGGGAUACCGAUACCGUACCGAUUUCCACCCCUAGAGACAAGGUUAAACAUAUCAAAUGGAAGAUGAGGUGUUAUCAUAGAAUGAGGCUGGAAUUUCGGUUAUUUCGGUUAUAAUCGGUAACCGAACGGUCGGCUACCGGUUAACCGAGAUGACAGUCGACUCUACCGACAACCGACCGGCAGUCCUCCUCGGUUAUCCGAAAACCGACCGGUCGGUUACCGAUUAGUUGGUCGGUUAACCGCGCUAACCGCACAACACAAUUGCCGGAAAGGAAUGGCGUCGGAGGAGGAGAUGGCGGGGUCACACAUGCGACAGAGGAGGACUGUUGGCUGCUGGCUGCGAGUAGAGGAGGCCGAGGCGAGGUCGCGGCGGCGGAGCGAAGGGGAUGGCUGGCGGCGACUUCGCGUUGGCGGAGCAAGGGGCUGGCGGCGACGACGUCUCUGCCUCUCUGUUUCAUCGUCGCGGUAGUCGGCUGCUGGCUGCUCGUGGGCUGGUCGUCGGGGAGGAGAUGGCGAAGCAGCAAGGGCGCGAGUCGGGGAGGGAGAUGGCGGAGAGCGGCGGCGUCACUCUCGUGCUCCGCUGGGGCCGCCUGGAGUGGGAAGAAGAGAGAACGAUCGUCUCUUCGCCGUUCAGGGCUGGGCAGGCGGCAGUGAGAGUCAGGGUAUCAUCACCAUGCAGAGAGAAGAGAAGGGAAGGCGACGUCGAUUAGGGUUAGGCUUCGUCGGUUUUAAGAAAUAGGAAGUGGGGGUGGGGCGGCGUCGUUUUACGGAAUGAGGGGAGGGGGUUAGUUGCUCGGUUAGCCGGUUAACCGGCGUAGCUAAUCCAGCUAUCGACAACCGCUCGCAGAUGACUUUUUCGGUUAAUCGGUAACCGCCAGUUAUCGAUCUAACCGGUCGAUUAACCGACAACCGAUAACCAAACGUCUAGCCAUAUCAUAGAAAAUUCAACAUACAACACACACUAGUAGAAAUGUAGGGGCGGGAAUCUAAUAUUUGUUUCAAGUUGGUUGACUUGAGAAAUCAAUAUAUAAUAUUUUCUCAU